CAGCUGAAUCGCACUAUGAUGUAACAACACUGUCAAAUGGCUCAAUUUAAUCUUAGGAAUUGUAGAUACAAAGUCCAAAUUUCCAUCACUAUUAAAAAUUACAUAGAUUUAAACUAAAGUAAAAAAGGAUAAAAUUUCUAUAAAGUGAAAAUUUUUCUCCAAAUUGAAGAAAUCCUUUAUUAUAAUUAAAGUGUCACUCAUUCAAUUAUUUUAAAAAAAGCACGUGUGUUUAUUUUGUUGUGCGCAGAUAUCAAAAAUUGUAAAAAUAUGUAUUUAUUUUUACCUUAAAGAAAUUAAAAUGUUAUUUAUUGCUCCUUCUUUUUUACGACAAUCAACAAGUGUUAGUAAAUGUUUUAACAAAACAAAACAAUCUGUAAUAAAACCUAACCUUAUUUGGCUGCUCCGUUUUAAGUCAACAGAUCAAUCAUUAGUUACUAUAAAAGAUGUUGUCAAAGUUGUAAAACCAGCAAAAAAUCCAGAAUACGUACCUAGAAAUUAUUUAAAGGAACCGAGUCAGGAAACAUUAAGGCAUUUAAGAUGGAUGUUACAGAAAGAUAUUUUAGGACAGGAUAUGUUUUUAAUGGGAGCGCCUGGUCACAGAAGACGGAAUCUCGCUUUAGCUUAUUUAGAAUUAAUAGAAAGAGAAGUAGAAUUUAUUGCCUUAUCACGCGAUACAACCGAAGCUGAUCUUAAGCAGAGAAAAGAAAUUGAAAAUGGAACUGCAAAUUAUCAUGAUCAAAGUGCAGUAAGAGCUGCUAUUAAUGGGCGAAUUUUAAUUCUAGAAGGUAUUGAAAAAGCAGAAAGAAAUGUUCUGCCUAUUUUAAAUAAUCUUUUAGAAAAUAGAGAAAUGCAUCUUGAAGAUGGAAGAUUUCUUAUACCAGCUUCACGUUAUGAUAAAUUAUUGAAGGAACAUUCUCAGAAAGAAUUAGAUUUUUGGAGAUUAGUUCGAGUUAGUGAAGAUUUUCGAGUAAUUGCUUUAGGACUUCCUGCGCCUCGUUAUUCUGGUCAUCCUUUAGAUCCACCGCUUAGAUCAAGAUUUCAAGCAAGACAUAUUCCACCACCAAGUUUCGAGGAACAAUUAGAAGAAGUGAAAAGAUUAGCUCCAAAUGUUGAUCCUGGCAAAUUAUCACAAUUUCUCUCUUGUUGUCAUGCUCUUGCCACUAAAGAAGCUCUAAAUUUAGGACUUCCGGAUUUUCCUCUGGACAAUGUGACUUCCGCUGCAUUUAUUUUGGAGAAUUUUCCAAACACAAGUGUCUUUAAUGUAUUUUAUAGAUAUUAUCCCUAUAAAUUAUUUUUGACUAAAGAGGGAAAAACUGCUGUUGAAGAUAUUCUACAGACAUUUGGUGUUUUGGAUAAUAAGGAAGACAGUAGCAAUGUAAAAGAUAUAAAAUUAUUAGAUAGUACAGCACAAGUUUCAAUUAAUUCAAAUGGAGAUGAAACCGUUUUUAAUGUUCCAGCAGGUUCUGGAAAAUGUAAAAAAUCAUUGGAAUGGUUUAUAGAUACACAUUAUCAAAAUUCAUUAAUAGCUAAUAUGAUGAAGACACACUUGGCUCUAGAUUGGUGUCUUGUUGGACCAAAAGGUUGUGGAAAAUCUGCAACAGUUGCAAAAUUAGCAAAUUUACUUGGUUAUCAAAUUGAGCCAAUAGUUCUUUAUCAGGAUAUGACUUCGAGGGAUCUUAUUCAGCAAAGAACAACUUUACUUAAUGGUGAUACUGUUUGGAAAAAUUCAGUUUUAGUUACAGCCGCACUUGAAGGAAAAUUAGCAGUAUUAGAUGGAAUUCAUCGAGUUCAUCCUAGCACUUUGGCUGUUAUUUACAGAUUAGUGCAAAAUCGAGAAUUACAAAUGCAUGAUGGAAAGCGUUUAAUGGCGGCUGAACAUUAUGAUGCGAUUAAAGAAAAAUUUCAAAAAACUGACGACGAAAUGAAAAAUUCAGGAAUUUUAAAAAUACAUCCAGCAUUUAGAAUUAUCAGUUUAGCAGAGCCGCCAAUAUUAAAUAGUUCUGCUGGUCAAUGGUUAAAUUCAGAGUUACUCAGUCUUUUUCUAUUUCACGAAAUGAGACCAUUAGACAAGACUGAAGAAAUUCAUGUGAUUCGAUCAAAGUACGGAGAGCCAAGCAAUGAUCUUUUGAAAAUAAUAGAAUUAGCUCAUGUUUUACGUUCUUCGAGUGAUCCAACACUACAAUCUUUAUCAAGUUCAUUAAGCACCAGACAAUUGUUUAGAAUUGCAGCAAAAAUGCACAAAUUUCCAAAAAGCGAUGCCUACGAUACAGUGCAACGUGCAUGUUUAGCUCGUUUCUUACCAUUAUUAACAAAACAAGCAUUGGAAAAUUGUUUAAAAAAAUUGCAAAUCCUUCCUAAAAAUGAAAAUUUUAAUGAGGAAAUAAUUUGCAAUGUAAAUGAAGAAAAUUUGACAAUUGGAGAAACAACAAUGAAACGAUAUAAAACAAAUGCAUUGACUAAAAUUCCAGAUAUUCUCUUUUAUAAUGUACCACAGCAUUUACAUCUUCUUGAGAAUUUAUUGCAAGACUUUAGUUUGGGACAAAAUUUAUUAUUAGUUGGUAAUCAGGGAGUUGGUAAAAAUAAAAUUGCCGAUCGUUUACUUCAAUUAAUGAAUAGACCGAGGGAAUAUAUUCAAUUACAUAGAGAUACAACUGUACAAACAUUAACGAUACAGCCAAUGGUUAAAAAUGGUGUUGUUGUUUAUGAAGAUUCACCACUCGUUCAGGCUGUUAAAUUUGGACAUGUAUUGGUUAUCGACGAGGCCGAUAAGGCACCGACACAUGUCACCUGUAUUUUAAAGACCUUAGUCGAAUCUGGAGAAAUGAUUCUAUCGGAUGGAAGAAGAAUAGUUCCGUAUGAUCAAUUUGGAGAAAAUACAUCCGAUUUGAUAGCAAUGCAUCCAGAUUUUAGAAUGAUUGUUCUUGCCAAUCGACCUGGUUUUCCAUUUUUAGGAAAUGAUUUUUUUGGUGCAUUGGGCGAUUUAUUUAGUACACAUUCUGUUGAUAAUCCAUCGGUUGAAAAUGAAAUAAAAUUAUUAAGACAAUAUGGUCCUGAUGUUGAUGAUAAAAUAAUUUAUAAACUCGUUAAAGCUUUUGGUGAAUUAAGAAGUAUGGCUGAUCAAGGACUUGUUUCAUAUCCUUAUUCUACCAGAGAAGUUGUUAAUAUUGUUAAACAUUUACAGAAAUUUCCUAAAGAAUCUUUAAACAAUGUAGUGCAAAAUGUAUUCGAUUUUGAUCGAUAUUCACCAGAAGUGUUUGAUACAUUGAUCUCUGUUCUUCAUAAACAUGGAAUUCCAAUUGGAACAAGUUUGAAAAAUGUGGCAUUAGCCAAAGAAAUUCCUUUGCCAAAAUUAAAAUUCCAUGGUAAUUGGAAUAUUUUGAAUAAAAAACAGAGAACAAUAGCUGUACAGGAGAGAUUUGCUAAAAUGAAAUCAAUUGGUGGGCAAAAAGAGCGUUUACAUCUUUUAGAUAAAAUAGAAGCUAGAUCAGCGUGGUUUACCGAAUUAUUGAGUUAUUGGACAAUACCGAUUAAUAAUACAGGAGUUGUUUCUGCAUUAGCAGUCACGAAGGGAUCAAAUGGAGUUGAUAAAUUUCACGUAUUAACUACUAAUCCACUUUCAAUUUUUACCAUGACUAGAGAAUCAGAAUAUAUUCAAGAAAUAUCACUACAAGGUUUAAUAACUCCCAUCAGGGGUAAUAAACCCCUUUAUACAAUUGCAUCGGAUAAAAAUGGAAAUCUAAUUAUUCACGAAGGAACGUCUAAUACAAUACUCUCAGUUAAUUUGGAGGAAGGAACAGUUAAUAAUUUACAAUUAUCUUCUUCGUUCAUGGAUCAUAAAUUUUCCCAGGUUUUUCGAAAUAAAGAAAUUAUUUGGCAAUUAAAAUCAGAUUUAUUAGUUUCCAAUGAUCGAUUGAUUUUAUUUACACCAGAUGAUAAUAAAAUGGAAAUUGUUAAUUUAGAUACAAUGAUUGUUUAUUCAAUGAAUUUUCCAUUUCCAGUGGAAUCUAUUUUAAUCGCUUCUGAAGAAAAAUGGUUAAUUCAAUCUAAUUCAAAGAAAAAAUAUUUAUUAGUUAAAUCAUUGUCUGAUAAUCCUUGUCCUAAUGUUUUGAAAGAAAUUGAAGAAACUCCGUUAGAAAUAGGCGAUUUUUUGUCCUGUGGCAAAGAGAGUCUUCGUGAAGAUCAUCUUAGUAAUGCAUUAAAACAGAAUAUUGAUUCACCAAAUAGAAUUUUAGUUUCUGAUAAUAGUUUUGCGACAAUUAUCGUUGGAUUUCCGGAAUUAGAUAGUGCAAAUGAUGUCUAUCAUUGGCCACGUGAUAAGAGAAUGAGAAAUUCUGCUCAACCAAUUAUUACCGAUCGUGGACAAAUUGUUCGUACAAUUUCAUCAAAUUUUGUACCAAAGGAUAUUUUUUCCAAUGGAAAUAAGGCUUAUUUUGAAAUUGUCGAUACUUUUAAUCAUAAAGUUAGAUAUCUUCCUAUACCACAACCAGUGAAUGUAUCUCCAGUGACACAAUGGCUUUAUACAGAGGAACUUCCAAUUUAUUCGGCAUUGACUUCUAAUGAUGGUCUUGUGACAGUUGAUGCAGGUGGUUGUGUUCGACUAUGGGAAACUUCUUUGAUAAAUAUUGAAAAAUCUUUAGGUGAAUGGAGAAAAAUGGUAGGAGGUGAUGAACAACGUUUACAAUUGACUAAGGAAAGAUAUUCAGGUUUGGAUGUCAGUGGACCAAAACAUGGAAAAAUUGAUCAUAAUAAUGAUCCUCACGUUGGUGGAAAUACAUGGGCUGGUGGUACCGGAGGAAGAGAUACAGCUGGUCUUGGAGGUAAAGGAGGACCCUAUCGUUUAGAUGCUGGCCAUACAGUUCAUCAAUUGAGUGACGAAGAGAAAAAUGCAGUUCCUGAACAUAUUAAAAAAGCGGCUCGCGAAAUGGGAUUAAAAGCCUUUAAGCAACGAUUAAAGGACAUACGAAUGAGUGAAUAUGAUCAUAAACUUUAUAGUCAAUACAGUGAUGCAGUACGAAAAGAAGUUCAAGCUUUGAGAGUCAUUUUAGGAAGUCUUCAAGCAAAAAGUAAUGAACGACAAUGGUGGAGGCAUCAAACAUCAGGAGAAUUGGAUGAUACAAAAUUAAUUGAAGGAUUAACUGGAGAGAAAAAUAUUUAUCGAAGAAGAGCUGAGAAGGAGCCAGAUAUUGGUGCUCCACAAUUAAAACCAAAACGAUUAAAAUUAGUUGUUGAUGUUUCUGGUAGUAUGUAUAGAUUCAAUGGAUAUGAUGGUAGACUGGAUAGAGAAAUGGAAGCUUGUGUUAUGGUUAUGGAAGCUUUUAAUGGAUAUGAGGAAAAAUUAAAAUACGAUAUUGUCGGUCAUUCUGGAGAGGAUUAUCAUAUUGCUUUUGUUGAUCAUUUACAACCUCCUGUUGAUAAUAAACGAAGAUUAGAAGUAAUUAAGACAAUGCAUGCUCACUCGCAGUUUUGUAUGUCUGGGGACAAUACACUUGAGGCAACGCAACACGCGAUUGCUAGUUUGUCGAAGGAAGAUUCGGAUGAAUCAAUAGUUGUUGUACUUUCGGAUGCAAAUUUAGAACGUUAUGGAAUUCCUCCUGAACGAUUUGCUAAAGUUCUUGUUUCAAAUUCAAAUGUCAAUGCUUACGCAAUUUUUAUUGGUUCAUUGGGAAAUCAAGCUGAAAGAUUGAUGAAAAAAAUGCCUUCGGGUAAAGCAUUUGUAUGUAUGGAUUUAAAGAAUAUUCCCCGAAUUUUACAGCAAAUAUUCACAGCUUCCGUUUUAAGUACAUCUAAAUCGAAUAAUUAACUUUAUGUAAAUAAUAAUUUUUAAAAGAAAAUAAUUCUGUGAUUUUUAAUCAUUAAAUAAAGUGCGUGUAAAUUUUUUUUUA